GGUCAUGGGGUAACGGAGGGGGCGGCACUCCCUCUCCGAGCGCCAAUUCGGCAGCGUGGCCUUCAGUGGGGGGCGGCGAGGGGUCGGGCUUGAGCGCACCUGCGGCUGGUGCCGCCCAGAUGCACACUUCCUCCGCCGGGAACGGAAAUGGGGGCCACGGCGGCACGGGGCGCGGCGCCGUCAGCGGUUGGGGGAGCGGGGGACGAGGCCGCGAUCCCACCGGCCCAUCCGACGGGCCGCCCCGGGGUGGAGCCAUUGCCCCCGACAAUCACGGACCAAGCAACAGCGCCGGGCGCGAUGCCGGCACCAGAAACGCCGGCGGAUCGAGUGACGCGCCGAGCACGGGCGGCGGUUGGGGGCCAAGUUUGCCGCCAACCCAGGACGACCGGGACGGAGCUGCCAGCGGUGAUGGAGGCUCUGGUUGGGGCUCUGUUCCCAAUUCGCAGGUCCAUCGAAGCCAACGGGAGACCUUCCUCGGACGCCGGAAAAGACAUUUCGGACAAAAAUAAAACCUCGGGCGGAGACUCCUGGGGAGAUGGUGGAGGCUGGGGCAGAGCAAAUCAGCCGAGUUCUGGUUUCAGCGGACCAAUUGAAAUGUGGGGCGGCGGCGGUGCAAACAGCGGCGGCGGCGGUGGUGGCGGCGGCGGUGGUGGCAGCGCUGUGGGCGAGUGGCGGAGCGGAGACUCUUCUAGCCAACAACAUUCCAGCAACAGCAAUGUUGGCAGCAACAAUGGCGGAGGUAACGGAGGAGGCAAUAACGGGGGCGGCGGAAAGUUUGGUUCCGGUGGCGGCGGUGGCAGCGGUGCGAUGUGGGGUGGUGGCAGCAGUGGAGGUGCUGGUGGUCCUGGAGGUGGCGGUGGAGGUGGUGGAGGAGGAGGAACAUCUGGCUCGGGCCCUGGCAGCGAAUGUGGGAACUCAUGGGGGGGUGGGAAACCCGGUGGGAACGGAGCCCACACAGGCAGCGAGGGCAGCUCGGACAGCAGCGGGGGCCGUGGUGGCAGUGGCGGCGGUGGUGGCGGCCGGGGAGGGGACAGAGGCAGCGGUAGCGAGAGGGGGAGCGGCGGUGCUCCGGCACGGCGCGGCCGCCGCGGGAAGUACGACACGUCGAUCGGCCCAGAGCCAGAACGGCCCGAGACCCUGCCCAUCCCUAAGGACGUAGACCCCCGUGUCCUGUCCAACGCUGGCUGGGGCCAAACACCCAUCAAGCAGAACACCCAGUGGGAUGUGGAGAAGUUUGAACGCGAGAAGGCUCAUGCCAAGCCCUCAGACGGCUGCGUAGAGCGAGCUGGUGGCGUUGGUGGCACCGCCCCUGGACCUGGCUGGGGUGGCGGCGGUGGUGGCGGCGGUGGUGGCGGCGGCGGCGGCGGCGGCGGCGGCGGAAGUGGUGGCGGAGGUGGUGGUGGUGAAGGAGGAGGCAGUCGAGGAGGCCAUCAUCACCCCCAGCACUCGGGCCCUGGUUGGGGAGCGAGCAAAGGCUGGGACAACAGGUGCGUCGUGCCCACAGCUGGGCCUUGUGUGCGCGCGGCGCAACCACGCGGUGGCUACGAUGAGGGCCCUGGCAGCUGGGGAGAUGGGCCCCCACGCAGGCCGCAGCAGGGUGGCUGGGGCGGAGGAGAUGGCCCCAAACAAGGUCCUGGUGGCGGUGCAGACAGGGGCGGAGGCUGGGGAGGCUCAGGUGGUGGAUGGGAGCAGCAGGCGCAGCCUGGCAUGAGCCAGUGGGGGGGCGCGGAGCCAUCGAAGAGCAUGCCCCCUCAACCGUGGGAGGGGGGCGGCCCUGAGAGAAACUGGAACGGAGCCAAGGCCGGGCCUCACAACUGGAGUGGGGAGCCCAAAGCACGGCUCUCGAGGACCACAGAGUUGGGAAGGUCCCCCCAAGCCAAACCUGCCGAUGUGGGCCGAAUCCUCCGACUUAGGUGGCCCUGGCUCUUGGGGUGGCCCUGGUGCCAUGGGUCCAGGCCCGGCAGGGCCAGGCGGUAUCCCGGGAGGGCCCAUUGGGCCAGGGGGCGGUCCUCUCGGCGGCAGGUGGCGGCGGCAACAGCGGUGGUGGUGGCGGCGGCGGCGGCGGCGGCGGCGGUGGCGGUAGUGGUGGAGGGAAAACCAACGCUGGCUCCGUGGAUCGGAGGCCCGAUCCCGGCAGUGGCUCGGGAAGCCGAGGCUGAGUCCAGUGGCUGGGAGGAGCCGUCACCCCCUUCACUGCGACGCAAGAAUGAGGUGGACGAUGGCACGGCCGCGUGGGGCGACCCCACCGCCUACAACUACCGUGGUGUCAACAUGUGGGAGAAGGAGAACAUGGCGGCUGGAGGGGGCGGUGGCGGCGGUGGUGGUGGAGGGGGCGGCGGCGGCGGUGGAGGGGGCGGCGGCCCCCCACCUGACCUGGGCAAGGAGAGAAAGUCCCCCAGCGCCCCCAGCGGAUGGGGUGACUCCAAGACGGACUCGGGCUCGUGGGGUGACCCCACAUCGCCCGUAGACAACGGCACCUCGGCCUGGGGACGUCCGCGCGAGGGCGGCAAUGGGGGCGAAGGUGGACGAGGAGGGGGUGGCGUGGGAGGUGGGGGCCCAGGCGGCGGUGGCUGGGCCAACCCCGACUCCAGCUGGGGCGGACCCAGCAAACCAGGCGGCUGGGGCGGGAGCCGGGAAGACCCAGAUGCGCCAGGCAGCCGCCACUCGAGUUGGGAGGAGGAGGAUGGCAAUGAGAUUGGCGUGUGGCACGGAGGGGGAGGACCCCCCCAGGAUGGGCCCUCAUAUGGCCCUGGCUCGAACAACUGGGGGGGCCCUGGCGGCAAGAGGCUUGGCCCCAAGGGACCCAUUAAGAACUCCACACGGCAAGAGGAAGUCUGGGUGAACAGACUCAUUAAGCAGCUUACUGACAUUGGCUUCCCGCGAGAACCCGCGGAGGAGGCUCUGCGUGGAAACGGCAUGAAUGUGGACAAGGCAAUGAGCGCCCUCUUGGAUCGCAAGGGCGACCUUGACAAGCACCGACCCGAGUUCAACGGGGUCAUCGGCAAGGGCUUCCCGCCCCGCCCCAACGUGCACAAAGAGUCUUCCUUCGACCACCGUUCUUCCUUCUUCGACAAGCUGAGCCUGUCUCUAACCAAUCCGGACGGGGCAUUUUGUGACGAUUGCCCCGCCUCCCCGUUCCUGCCUUCCCCCGGUAUCAAACUACCCCAGGCCACCCCCCCUGCUCCUCCUGGUCAAUCGCUCGCCCCCCUCAGCCUAUCCAAUCAGAACCCUGCUUCUAAACAGAGUGGACUGGGCAUGAUGGGCGGGGGGGGAGCCCCUUCGCGGCUCCUGCAGCAGCCCCAGAGCCUCCCCCAGCCAGGGCUGCGAGCCCAGGUCCCUCCGGCCCACAUCCUGCCCACUCAGGUUCAAGCACAGCUGCUGCAGUACGGCUUCAAGAACGGCACCCUGAACCCAGCCUUGCUUGCGCUCAUCCAGCCCCAGAUGACCCCACAGCAGCUGAACCUUCUUAACCAGCUCACGCAGUUGCAAAUGGCGUACCAGAGAAUGCUCCUCCAGCAGCAGAUGCUUCAGCAGACCCAGAGGCACGUGUCGGCCCCCAUCCGGCACCAGCAGGAGCAGCAGGCGGCCCGCACCAUGAUGUCCAUGCAGCAGCAGAUCCACCAGCACCAGCGUCAGCUGGCGCAGAUGCUCGGCAUGAAGCAGCCACCCCCGCCCUCCGGUCCCCCGGGUCCGAGCGGUGGUGGCGGCGCUGGCGGCGCUGGCGGCGGCGGCGGUGGUGGUGGCGGCGGCCUUGCCGGCGGCGCAGGCCCACCAGGGCCCCCGCACCACCACCAGCCGCAGCACCCGCACCACGGCAGCACCAACAACCUCCACCACCACCAGCACCACCACCACCACCCACAGCACCACCACCAUCCAGGCCACAAGGCGGGCAUGCACGGGCACCCGCACGGGCUCGGAGGCCCCGCCGACGGCCACGCCAAAGACGCGCAAGCGCCAGCUUCUUCCUCCAUGCCCAUGCAGCACGGGGGCUUCCCCAUGCCCUCGCCUACUGGCCCACCCAACUUCCCCAUCGGUGGCUCCUUGCCCAUGGGCGGCGUGGUGGGAGACCUGGGCGGCAAGGACCUGCCCCAAUCACGGCUGCAUCAGUGGACCAUGCAGCCCAGUGGAGGGCCCGACCCCUUCCCAGGGGGACCGGGAUCCCCUCUCGACCCCAACCCCUCCAAAUUCGGCCCUGGCUCAAUUCCCAUUGGACCGCCCCCAAAGCCCUCGCUGGAUGACGGCCCCUUCAAUCACUACGAUCUGGGCGGUGACCCCGUCAGACCGUCCGGUUCUCUGGGUGAUGGCUGGCCACGUGACAAGUCCCCAGGCGACAAGAUGGCAAAUGGGACCAACUCCAGCAUCAGCUGGCCACCAGAGUUCCGUCCAGGGGAGCCGUGGAAGGGCCUGCAGAACAUCGAUCCGGACAACGACCCAGACAUCACCCCAGGGAGCGUCAUCGGGUCUGGCCUCACCGUCAGCACCUCGAUGCGGGAUGUGGAUCGCUUUAUGCUGCGAGACAGAAACCCCGGUCCCUCGCCCUCUCUGAACACCGCGCUGCCUUCCUCUAGUGCCUGGUCCUACAGUGCCUCCAACACCAGUUAUGGUUAUAGCAGCCCGACACCUGCACUUAACUCCUCCGCCAAACCCGGUGGCGAGCUGAAGGGCAGCUCGUGGCCCGUCAGCAGCACCCACACCCCCACCACGCUCACGCACGAGCUCUGGAAGGUGCCGCUCCCCACCAAGAACUCGACGGCUCCCUCACGGCCCCCCCCGGGCCUCCCCAACCCCAAGAACCCCUCUCCGUGGGGCACGGGCGGAUCCCUUGGCCUAGCCGGGCCUGGCUGGGCUGCAGAAAGCAGUAGCUCUGGUCGAGCGAGCACCUGGCUGGUCCUGCGCAACCUUACCCCACAGAUCGAUGGGUCGACUCUGAGGACUCUGUGCAUGCAGCACGGCCCCCUCACCACCUUCCAUCUGAACCUGCCGCACGGAAACGCGCUCGUCAAGUACAGCUCGCUGGAGGAGGCGGGCAAGGCUCAGAAAUCCCUGCACAUGUGCGUGCUGGGAAACACCACCAUUGUGGCGGAGUUCGCCAGUGAGGAGGAGAUAAGCCGCUAUUUUGCGCAGGGCCAAGCGUCGGCAUCCCCCGUCUCCUCCUGGCAGCAGCCUCGCUCAGGUGUGGGCUCGGGGCCGCAUGGCUUCCCUCGAGGAUCUGCGCCCGGCUCCACCUCCGGGACGGGCACUUCCGUCGUAUCCUCUGGGUCGUCGGGCGCCCCAGGCGGGUCGUCCGCCGCCGCCGCCGGAGGUGGCGGCGGGGGCGGCUCGUCGGAGUUAGGCCACUGGGCGAGCCAGCCGGGUGAAGCGAGCUCCCUGUGGGGACUCCCCCAGUACCCGAGCGGGGGGCUGUGGGGCACGGCCGGGGGUGAGGAGGGGCGCGGCAUCGCCAGCCCGUCCCCACUGCUGCCCAACGACCUUCUCGGCAACGAAUCCAUGUGAUCGCAUCGCCACCUCUAACCUCAUCAGCACUAAUUGUGGAUGCAUGUUUCGUUUAUUCUUUUUACUCUUCGUUUUUGCAUCGUGUCGUUCUUCUCAGCGUCCUGCCUGUGGCAAAAAGUGUCAUGUACAGGAAGGUGUUAUGGUGUUUGUGCAUGUUUUUAGAUUUUGAGGGUCAGGGGGACAAAACUGUACGUUAUUAACCCAAAAAACAUAUCAAUUCAAAUACUUGAAUCGUACAAGCCAACAACAGUGAGAUGGGAAAAAAAUGUGAAUUGGAAUUUGGUUAGUGUCAUCGCACUUCAGAGGAAGUGGGGUAGAUAUAAAUUGAAAAGAUUAUUCUAUAUAUGAAAACUAAAUAAUUGAAAGUUAAAUAUGCUAAAAUAAAAGUAUAUAUAUGUAUGAAUAUACAUACAUACACAAUACAUUUCAUUCUCUACGUUGGUGUUACAUGUAAUGUGGGACUGUAGUGUUAUCUACACGUCUGAAGGUGGCGUCUAUAGAUAUAUUUUUUGUGUGUACUUGCUGGUCCGUGUUGAAUGGUGAGGCUUCUCUCUUUGCACUGAUUUUGUCGGUAGCACCUCCACUAUAAUGGAUUCCCGGUGUCCCUUUAAGAAAGGCAAUACCAGGGGGGGGGGGAGGAGUUUCUUGGGGAAGGGGAGGGGUAGGUAGUGGUCCGGGCACCUCUGCUGUGUCCACAGUUCACGUGUCCAUGUUUACUCAAGGAUGUACUUAUUACGAGCAUUAUUAUUAUUACUGUCGUUAUUAUCGUUGUUUAUUUUCGACGCAAUGUGUGCCCUGCGAAAUAGUUGCAAAUAAUUGCCGAGACAGGCGCACGAUAGAAGCAUUGCGCGCGCGCCCCCCCCUCUCUCGCGCUUUUCGAUGGACUUGUAUUAUUGUCGGUCAUCUUAAACGCCGUGACGUGCAGUGUUGCACCAUCUUUUGUUUUGUUUUUUCUAGUUGCGUAUGGGGGGGGGGGGGGGGGGGAAGUAUACAUUAUAGUCUAGUAUGUUACAAAAUAAAACUGAAAAAAAAUCUUAAACAGAAAAAAUAACAAAAACCGUACAAAAAAAUAUUUAAAAAAUGAAAAAAAUGAAAAAAAAAAUACACGUGGCGUCGUCGUGUGGUGAAAGCGGUGGGUAGCUGUGAUGCGUUUUAUUCCCAAAGCCUGCGAUAGUGCGGCUGUGGGGCCGACGUUCCAGUCGUACAAAUCACCGUCGUGUCAGGGCGUUGCUCCUUUUAUUGCCUUUUUCGGUUUGCCAUAAAGUGACGCUAAAUCGCUGUGACUGACGCUAAAUCGCUGUGACGGACUCUUUGUCGAAAACUUUAUAUUUCCAAAGGCUUUACUAAACUUCAGAGGAGAACAUACAAUCAAAACUACGUUGCGGGUGACACUGGCGGAGGAGGGCGAUGAAGCUUUUCACUGUUUAAGUGGACGUAAGAUGCAGUAGGGGGAAAAAAAAAACAGCACUUCCAUUAACAAUGUGGGCAGCUUGUUUACUUGGAUCGUUGAGCGAGACGAUAUCGGCAUAAUCUCGUGAUGUAAAAAAGGGUUGUUUUAAUCACGAUUGGCUAAUCGCCAACCAAUUUACGUGAGUGGAGGUUGUAGAGAAACAAAAAACACGAUGCUUAAGAUUCCUGAGGGUUUUUUUUAUGUUUAACUGUUGAGGGCGAGGCCUUUAUCUUAUAAACUCACCCGUGACCUCACUGUUCAACCGAUGCAUUUUCAUACGAGGGGCAGAGAGGCACAGGGUCAUGGCAUCUCUAUGGCAUCUCUCAGCAAUAGUCCGCUUGGCGCGUGCACCGCUGAUCUCCCCCCCCCCCCCCCCCCCCCCCCCGUCUGAACACAUCCCACCAGCAGCAAAGGGUUCACCUCCAGAGAUGCUAUCGAUGCUCGCUCGCGUACCUUCGUGCACAAAUGCAAUUGUCGUUCGUUUUCUCCCAUUCCCAUUAUCAUCGCGGCUUGGACCUCUCUCUGCCUUUGACAGCAUCCCCACACAACUGGUGCUUGCUGUGCGUUCAGGCCUGGCAGGCGGAGGCGGUCCCGCCUUGGCACGACCCUGGGCCCUCGAUUUUGGGCGCUCCGGAUUGGCACUUCGUAACGCAAUGCACUUUUUGGUCCUGUGACGAGCGCGCGUGCGCGUUCCUUCCGUCUCGCUGACAAGUGCCACCACGGUAUCUCUUGUGUCGUUAUUUCGGAGAAUCAUUUUUGUUUUUAUUAAUGCUGCCUCUCCGCCUUGCGAGGGAGGGAAAAUCGGGGGUUUGGGGGGAGGGGAAUGGGUUGUAAGGGUGGGGGGGGGAAGAUGCUUUUCGUGACGUUUAUGCAACCAUUGUGCUGCUGUGUCUUAGCAGCCACCGCCGACAUGACAACGGAGGCGGUAGCAUAUUGAAACAAUCCCAUUGGUAAUUUUGUGUUUUUUACGUUGCUUUGUUUUACCGCGAUAAUAAUAAUGGCCUUAGAAAUUUCAAAGCCACAACAGUACUGAGCGUUUGGGAGGGGGGGUACAGUUUUUACAAUAGUGUGGUGUGAGUGAGGCACACAAACGUAAAUAGUUUCACAGUGCCGGCUCCUCUGGUGUUUCUUGGUUUAUCAAACCACUUGCGUUUCAGUACCAGGAUAUUCAAAACUUAAAAGCCAGAGUGUGAUGCUCGCAGCCCUCACAGGAGGAGGAGGAGGUGGAGACUGGUGUUGGAGGUGCAACUUGGUGUGGCGUUUUAGCGAGUUAAUGUGAGCACUGAUUUUGGGGGAGAGGUGGAAAACUUGCACAUGUAGUCAAUGAUGAAUGGUGUACGCUCAACUUCAUUGAGUUUUUACUUAGUUUUUUUCUCUCUUGCUAAAACUGCACAAAAGCAAUUAUGUUACGUUUUAUUUUCUUCUAAAUAUCGCAAGCAAUGUACUGAAACUUGUAGUGUAGACGAGAGAAAAACCGCGCAUUGUUCCCUGAGGAAGGAGGUGGGAAGAGGAGUAUGGUUUGCACUUUCUUUUUUGAGAAUAAACACGACGUCACGUGGGGGGGGGAGGGGGGCUACGGUAUAUUUUGGGGAGUUCGUUUUAAGAAACAAGAAGCGGUACAUAAGGCCAAAAAAACUUUUUUUUCCUCUGUACAAAAAUAUAUAUCGCAUGUACGUGAAGUCGCACAACAAAGAGGACCCAUAAUUGAGUGUUUUUAUUUUGCCGUCCGCUGUGUAACGCUUUCCCAAGUGCUUCGGUGUCCGUGUGGGUCGCGACCCCGGCGCGAGUCCGCGUAGUGGGUGAGGGCAGGGGGUCAGGGGUCAAGGGGGCGGCUGUGGCGACGCCGUGAAGCUGCGUUGUGAACCACGGCUUGAUGUCGGAAAAUAAUCAACAGCACAAAAAAUAAGAAUAUUAAUAAAACUAAAGUUUUAUCUACGUUAUUUACAUUUAAAAAAAUGUACAAAAACACAAAAAAAGUUAGAGUGAAACUAAUGUUUUUCGUUUGGUUCUGUGUUGAGAUGUGCACAAGGGUAGGAGUUAGAGGCGAGUGGAUUAUGGGUAGACACUAAGCCUGUAGCAUGGACCCAUGAUGCGUGGCGUUUUUUAGCUCCAUUAGCUCUUAGAUAGCUGCCUUGCUUAACAUUGUUACAUGCAUAAAAUGUGAUCAGCCAAGGAUCAUUGACAUACUGUAUUAUGUAGUGGAUGUUACUUAAACGUAAGACGUGUACAGAAGUAACAAAAAUUCUGUAAGAGCGGGAAAAAAAAAAUUAAAGUGAUUAUACGAUGACUUAAAAGGUGCCGGGGUUAGGCCAAAACCCCUCUGUUUACAACCUUUCAGGAGAACAUAAACAAAAAAAGUAAAUAAUUAAAAUACAAAAAAUAUUUAAAACAUUUAAAGUUUACUCUUCCAUCUGUGUAGACAUCGAAUGAAGACAGCGCUAUUUAUAAUAAAACUUAAAAAAAAGCUCUGGGAGUUACUUAAUAGAAAAAAAAACCCAGUGGUCGUUUUAUUUUUCAUUUUGUUCUUUCUUUCAUUGUCACGAUAAGGAAAAAGGUGAAGACAAAAAAAAUUUAAGCACGGAUCUCAGGAAACCUAAGCAAGCUGAUAAAAAAAAAAUAAUCACAUUGUGUACACUCUUUAAGGGUCCUUAGCGGAACCAGUGUAGUGUUUUGAGCAGAAAGUGCUGUUAUAUUUCCAGUGUGCUGCACAAUAUUGCGUAUCUUUUACCUUCAUCCAAAUGCGUUGAGUUUUUUGCUAUUUAGAGGGAGUGUGGAGGGGGGGGUCGCGCGGGAGUGCUUCGUUGGGACCUUUCAGGUAGUUUGAGGAAUGCAAAUUGUUUGUAAAGGUGAUUCGUGUCGGAGUAGAGCGGUUAGGAAGAUCAUUAGUACAGCUGUCAACGUCGUAUACAGACACAACCACCGAUGGCAUUCUUGCGGGAGUUUGGCGUUUUCUGUUUUUUUUAAAUGGUUCGGAUCGUAUUUAUAACAAAACACGAUUUAAUUAAAAAAAAUCAUUAAAAAAUUUCGUCGUGGUGUAGAUAGCAACAUUGUGAGGCCAAGUGCUCCUGUGUACAUAUUCGUAGUUUUGUGCGAGUUCAACUUUUGUUUGAGGGGAGCGAGAUGGUCAACCCCUUUCCCCCUCUUUCCCUCCACAAAUAUGUAAAAAAAAACUUUGAAAAAAAAUCUUAAUUCAUCACUUGUCUUGUCCGGUGUCUCGACUCCUUUACUGCUAGCAUUUUACACAGUAUCGUACUGUUAAGUAUUCGGUAGCAGACUGGGUAAAAAAGAGGAAGUACAAUGAUAUAACAUAUAUGGGAACUCGUGUGUAAUUAAUAGAAUCGUCGGCGAUCAACUGCUGCCAAACGGGGGGGUGGGGGGUGGGUGUCGAUUUUGGUGGCGAAGUGGUGGGUGGGAUGGUGUCGGGGUCGCUGUGCUUUCACUGUGCCGCCACCUUGUGUCUUGUACCAACACGGGAGUGGAGUGCCGAGCCCGGCACCGCCUGCUCGCUCGCUCCUUACGAAUUCUGGUGGCGGGGGGGGGUGUCACCACAUGCACGCCGCCGGCCCGUACAUGUACUACCUUAUUGCUUGCGGUCGCGACCGAUUUAACAAGGAAAAAAAAUUAUAAUGCGUUUAUUGAUUUAUUUACGAUUUCACACGAACCCGAAAGGCGACGGUGGGUGAUGGAGAAUUACACGGAGUUAGUGUCGAAAAGUUAACGGUGAAUUGUAAAGAAUAAAACGGCGUUUUUAUUUGUAAAAAAAAAACAUGUUUGUGUUUCUGCUGCGACCAGGCUUGCGAAUGCGGGUGUCUUGAUGACUUGUAAGGGAGGGGGGGGUGGCCGUGGUUUUUUGUCCAGUUGCCUAUAUAGUAUUGAUGCUGGUUUCUAAGCAAAUGACAAUUAUAAUUGACGAAAAAUAAAUAACUAUGCAUUACUGAACUGUGGAGAGACAGCUCACUUUUGUGUUAAUCCUGUACCGGGAAAAAGAAAAAAAAUAUAUAAAGAUUACUUUUAGGUCUUAGCGGGACGCAGCUUGGCGUGGUCUUUGUGUAUGUCGUGUGUGUGUGUAAGAGGAGAGAUAACAAAUAAGUGGCUUGCCCAAUACCUUUUUACCUUCGUUUUAUCAACAGGUCACUUGGGGGUGUAACUGCUUGAAAAUGUGUUAUUUCAAGGGUCGCUCUUCUCUUUUCACGUUAAUCGCACACUCGGUAUAACUCCAGACUACUGAAAAUGAAGUGUAUAGUUUGUGUGCUUUCGUGUCAACACCCAGAACGCUCUCCCUCCCUCCCUCUCCCCCCAGCUGCCUGACAAACAUUUGUCAGCUUGUGGAGGCUCACUUGUGCUUUUAUGUUUUUUUUCUCUCUUUUGAGUGUUUACACUUUUACACUUGUGUUUGUUUAACAGAGACACAUUUUUAUUUUAAAAAAGAGAUUGGAUGUUUUUUUGUUGUUGUUGCUGUGGUUCUGUGUUUGCGAUUCGGAACAAUGCCGUAUGAUUACCAUAUUUAUUGCAAUAGAAGAUGCCACAAGCACAGGUUGUGAGCACCCUCCCCCCUCUUCUCGAAUUCAGGGUGCGUGGCGACGGCGGCGGCACGAGAAACUUAUACUGUCAAGGUGCACUCAAGUCGUUUUUUAUAUUCAAAGUAUUUAGUGACACAUUACGAUGUACUUAUUAUAAUUUGCAUAUUUGUUUUCAAAUGGGGGGGGGGGGGGGGGAGAAAGCAGACCGCCAGUAUUUAAGGAAAGGUUAAAAGAGGACUGCAGAUUUCACGGACGAAUUUGCGCAUCGUUUAUUUUUUAAUUAUUUUAAUUUUUCCCAUCCUUUGUAGGAAAGCCGUUUUGUGUGCAGCAGCUGUGAGAGGAGAUGUGAGGGGGGUGGUGGUGUAGGCCAAAGGGCGGCCAACACACUCGCGCUCCCGUCAUGUUAAGGGGGGGAGGCAAGAGGCUCUGGGAGCUGCUUGCAGAGAGGGGGCACAUCCUUCCACACCGCCCCCCCCACUCUCACAAGCCGGUGCCCUCCCCCGCUCAGCCAGUGACGUUUUUAUUACGGGGCAGUGUUAAGAAACAAGGUGCAUGCAAUGCUAACACAGACCGCUGAUUGUAAAACUUGGCUCUGCCAAAAAAAAAGUAAAAAAAAAUCAAGUUAAAGAAGGAGUUAAAUGUUUUAAUACAACAAAUAUGAGCAUAUCUAUUACAAUGAAUAUGGUAAGUACUUUGUAGCAAGGAGGGGGGGGUGUCGGGAGCUGGUAGUCGGUACCACGGCAAAGGUCGCUCCUUGGGGCAUUGGAGGAGUAAAAAAUUUACUUGCACACUGUCUGCGAUGUUGUGCUGCAGUUUGCUCGACACUGAAACAAACUUGAUUUCGUUACAGCUGUUUUUAUUGUUUUUGUUGUUGGCGAAGUUGUCCUACGAAACGGCACUCCGCCCAGCAGCGGGCCACGCUUUGCUUUAUAAACCAAAAGGGUUCUUCAGUAGCAUUUUUCGCUGUCCUUGAUAACAAAUAAACACGAGGAUAUGCAAUCGCAAAAUGUUUUUUUUUUCCUCCUAGUUUUUUUGUUUGUUUUUUGGGUCCUGUGUGUGAAAGUACCUUCGUUAUUUUAAAGAAUGUCUUAUAUGCAAACGAAAUACAAAUGCGUCAAAAAUAAGUGCUUUGCUGUUAAAAAGGAGAGUAGAUAAAUAAAUGCUGAAAAUACAAGCAAAAUGUUGGGGCCAUUGUGACAACAGGAAAAAAAAACGCUUACAGUCACUUUUACUCGUUGUUCAAGCUACAAAAGCAAGAUCAACAUGUCAUCAGGUUUACGCCAUCCAGAGAGGAAGUUUAUAUAAUCUUAAAAAACCUAAAAAAAAAUCCAAUAAAAACACAAAGCAAAAAAAUAUAUAUAGACAGAGUUGUUACUGAGCUGUACGUCGCCCUGUACCGCGGACAAUGUGUGAGGAGCUAUUUAAAAAAAAGAAAGAAAAUCUGUGCAAACAUUCGCGCAAGAGAUGUCGGCGGAAGGGGGGGGGGGGCUGCAGCGUCGUGUAGUUACCACGUGGUCAGGGUGCGCGUGUCGAGUGAGCAGCAGCAGGAGCGCCGGCGACGACGACGAGGAGGAGGGGGGGACACGGGGAAACUUUGCAAUCGCAAGUGCUGUCUGUGACCUAAGAAACGGCAUUUAUGAUUUUUGGUGGCUUUUCUUUUAUUGUUAUAUUAUUUGUGUUUUUAAUUUCUUGAAAUACAAAUUGUCCUUCCUUUGAUAGAAUGUGAUUGUAAUACUGUAUCUGCUUUCACAAAUGUAUGGAGAUUACUGAAACCUUGAUGAUGCAUAAUAACUGGUAAUAAAAUGUCUGCUGCUCGGGACAGCCUGUGCAAGUGGCGUUCUCUUUGUG